UUUAUUGGGAUUUUUAAUGUUCAUUUUAAGUCUAUUGAAAAAUCAUCAAAAAAAUUUGAUUUCGUAUUUUAUAGUAAAAUAAUAAUUAUAAAUACAAGUUGUAAAAAAUUAAUUGUGGAAAUAAAACUCUUCAUCCAUUGUAGUACGCCAAGUCAGAAGUUCCAUAUUACUAAUAAGCUAUGGCAAAAAGCGCUUUUCAUGGAGACACCCAAUUCACUUUUGGAGACGAAGAUUUGACUGCUUUUGAAAGAUUUGUCGCUGGGGACUUCUCAGAAUUUGGGCACCUACUACCAGGAAACAUAGUGAAUCCUCAAGGAAGCUCGAGGGGUCCCGGUGGCCCCGGACAAAGCUUCAUGUAUUCACCAGGUCAUCGGCAGUUAGGUGGAUACGGCACCACUGGAUUAGGAAUGUCUUCACCCUCCGGAGGUAUUGGUGGGUUUGGAAUAGGAGGGGACUACAGUUCUCAUGGAAUAGGCACAGGUGCUAGUCCCGAUCUAGGAUUGGUUGGAGUUACGGGCGGGCUGUUUGAUUACUCUAAUCCGUAUGAUGGUAGAAUCACGUGUGGUUCAAGAUGUUAUUGUCCAGGAGGUGGUUUAGGAUUACCUUGCUGCUCUUUGACCGACGUUUUCACCGGGGGACACUUCCGAUUGAUAAAUUGUCCUGAAGGUAUGUGUACUGAUUACUAUUAACUUGCUGAGUUCUCGAAAUCCUAUUUUAAUGCAUUCUGAAUAUGUUGAAAUUUUAUAACGUAUUUAUCCUGGAAUAAACAAAAUAUCUCUGUUCAACUUUUAAA